AUGGUUUUCAUCCCUCCUUUUAUCCGAAUGUCCGGCCCUGAGGUCAGCGCAUUCCUGGUAGGAGGCACCGAGGAUGUGAACGUGUCCCUGGUCCUGCUGCAGGAAGAGGCGGGCAUUUUGCCAGUUCCGACUUGUGGAGUACCGAGCAAUGAGACAGGAGACUGGAGUGUGACUGUGACCCCCUUUGUGAAUGUGUUGGAAGUGACAGUAAGGUUGAAGAGGGCUCUGCAGUCGUGUUCCUCUAAUGAGACAGAUUCCUUCUCAGAAUUGCCGUGUAUUAUCCAGACUCUUCUGGUCUCAGCAUCUCACGGUUCAUUCUGUUUAGCACAUCUACUCAUUCAAGUGGAAAUUUAUGCCAACUCUUCUCUGACCCAUAACGCAUCAGAGAACAUGACUGUUAUUCCUAACCAAGUAUAUCAGCCCCUUGGUCCUUGUCCUUGUAAUUUAACAGCUGGGGCCUGUGAUGUUCGCUGCUGUUGUGACCAGGAAUGCUCUUCAGAUUUAACAGAACUGUUCAGACAGUCCUGUUUCACUGGCGUUUUUGGAGGAGACGUCAAUCCUCUGUUUGAUCAGCUCUGCUCUUCUGGGACCCCACACCAUGUCCCUGACUGGUUUCCUUUCCUGUGUGUGCAGUCGCCCCUUGCCAACUCGCCCUUCCUCGGUUACUUCUAUCACGGCUCCGUUUCCCCUAGACACGACUCUUCCUUUGAAGUUCAUUUGCAUACUGAUCUAAAAGACUUUUCAGACUUUGGUUACAAACAAGGAGAUCCAAUUAUGACUGUAGACAAGGCAUAUUUUACUAUUCCACAGGUGUCCCUCGCUGGGCAGUGUAUGCAGAAUGCCCCAGUGGCAUUCCUUCAGAAUUUCGAUGUUAAAUGCAUUACUAAUUUGGAAGUAUACCAAGAACGGGAUUCUGUGAUCAACGUGAAGGUAAAGAAUGGUGCCAUAGGAGGCAUAGUUACACCAAAAGUAAUCUAUGAGGAAGCAACUGACCUAGACAGAUUCAUCACCAACACAGAAACUCUUCUAAAUAAUGGAUCAGACUCCAGAAAUGUGAAUGUGGAAGAACAUUAUAUUUUCAGAUGGAAUAAUAAUACAAUCAGUGAAAUAAAUGUCAAAAUUAUUAGGGCAGAAAUUAAUGCCCACCAGAAAGGAAUAAUGAUACAGAGAUUUACCGUAAAAUUUUUAAGCUAUAAUAGUGGUAAUGAAAAGGAAUCAUCUGGAAAUCCAGGUUAUCAACUUGGCAAGCCUGUCCGAGCUCUAAAUAACAAUGGGAUGAAUAAUGUUACGACUUUACACCUUUGGCAAUCAGCUGGAAGGGGUUUGUGUACAUCAACAACUUUAAAACCCAUUUUAUUUGGAGAAAAUGCACUAUCUGGGUGCCUUUUAGAAGCUGGGAUUAAUGAAAACUGUACUCAGCUCAGGGAGAAUGCUGUUGAAAGACUUGAUUCAUUAAUACAAGCAACUCAUGUUGCAAUGAGAGGCAACUCCAGUUACAGCGAUCUCAGUGAUGGCUGGCUGGAAAUAAUACAUGCUGGCGCAGUGGAGGGGAUUACUCAGCAGGAGAUACUUGGCGUAGAGACAAGGAUGUCCUCGGUGAACUGGCAGUACCAGUGUGGGCUUACUUGUGAAGAUAAGGCCAACCUCUUCCCUCUCAGUGCAUCAGUCCAGUUCAUUAAAAUACCUGCACGGUUACCCCGCCCUCUGACCAGAUUCCAGAUCAAUUUUACAGAGUAUGAUUGUAACAGAAAUGAGGUGUGUUGGCCACAGCUUCUGUAUCCAUUGACCCAAUAUUAUCAAGGGGAGCCUUACUCCCAGUGUGUUGCCAAGAGCCUACUGUUGGUGUCGUUCCUCGUGGUGGCUGUGUUUCUUAGUAACCCCUGGACCAGACUGUGCAAAGCUUGGACUUCAACUAUCUGACUUCUUAAAAACCAUACACCUUUACUUCAGGGAUUUGUUGUAGUCCCACAUGUCUCUCUAUAAAAUUGUAAUAAAUGAAAUGUUUUAUUUUUGCAGAAAA